UGUCCGGCAACGAGGCAGCUGCUCUGAUCACCGCCAAACCCGACACCUGGCUUUACCCCGACGAGGAGAUCCUGCUGGAGGUGGGUCUCUUUCUGAGUGGAAUUCAGCGAGUUCAGGAUCAACUGUCCUCCCAGGCAGUCACAGCCCGGGGUAACCUGCCUUCGCCGGGUAUUCGCGCCAAUGUCUCCUCCGUUGCUGCUGAUAAACAGCCCACCAACAAUGUGGCUACUGUCCUCUACCAGAUUGUCUACAGUCCAAACAUUGUUAUUGGGGCCGGGGAGGCAGUACCUACCCUCGUCGACGACCGAAAGAAGGCACGGAAAUUGAAAGGUAGAUUACCUUUUGCUCCGUUUUUUUUAAUCCCUUGCCCGUGUGCUGCAUUACUUGUGGGUGAUGGGAAUAAAAAAAACAGCGUUCAUUUUUUAUGUGUCAUGCUUUUAAAAUCACUUUGCACGCAAGCUAAAUCUUGA